GGCUUUUGGCCCUGAGGGGAGGUGUCGCCGGUCUGCAGAGGGAGGCGGAGGUGGCGGAAGAGGUUCGGCAGCUGAUGGCGUCUCGGGAUCGGAAGCCUCUCUGACGCUCAGCCUCUGCCGGGGAGCCCCUCACUGGAUACACAAUGACAUCCUUUCAAGAAGUCCCAUUGCAGACGUCCAACUUUGCACAUGUCAUCUUUCAAAAUGUGGCCAAGAGUUAUCUUCCUAAUGCACACCUGGAAUGUCAUUACACCUUAACUGCAUAUAUCCAUCCACAUCCAAAAGAUUGGGUUGGUAUAUUCAAGGUUGGAUGGAGUACUGCUCGUGAUUAUUAUACAUUUUUAUGGUCCCCUAUGCCUGAACAUUAUGUAGAAGGAUCAACAGUCAAUUGUGUUCUAGCAUUUCAAGGAUAUUACCUUCCAAAUGAUGAUGGAGAAUUUUAUCAGUUCUGUUAUGUUACCCAUAAGGGUGAAAUACGUGCAGCAAGUACACCUUUCCAGUUUCGAGCUUCUUCUCCAGUUGAAGAAUUGCUUACUAUGGAAGAUGAAGGAAAUUCUGACAUGUUGGUGAUGACCACAAAAGCUGGCCUUCUUGAGUUCAAAAUUGAGAAAACCAUGAAAGAAAAAGAAGAACUAUUAAAGCUAAUUGUUGUUCUGGAAAAAGAAACAACACAACUUCGAGAACAAGUUGGAAGAAUGGAAAGUGAACUUAAUCAGGAGAAAGAAAAAUGUGACCAACUACAAGCAGAGCAAAAGGGUCUUAUUGAAGUAUCAAAAAGUUUAAAAAUGGAAAAUGAAGAGUUGAAGAAGAGGUACAGUGAUGCUACAUCCAAAGCUCUCCAACUUGAAGAAGAUAUUGUGUCAGUGACACAUAAAGCAAUUGAAAAAGAAACAGAACUAGACAGCUUAAAAGACAAGCUCAGGAAGGUACAACAUGAAAGAGAACAACUUGAAAGUCAGUUAAAGACAGAAAAGGAUGAGAAGGAACUUUAUAAGGUACAUUUGAAGAACACAGAAAUAGAAAAUACCAAGCUUGUGUCAGAGGUCCAGACUUUAAAGAAUUUAGAUGGGAACAAAGAAAGCAUGAUUACUCAUUUCAAAGAAGAGAUUGGUAGACUGCAGUUCUGUUUGGCUGAAAAGGAAAAUCUUCACAGGGCUUUUUUGCUUACCACUUCAAAUAAGGAAGAUACAUUUGUUUUAAAGGAGCAACUUCGUAAGGCAGAGGAACAAGUUCAGGCAACUCGGCAAGAAGUUGUCUUUCUGGCUAAAGAGCUUAGUGAUGCUGUAAAUGUACGAGAUAAGACGAUGGCGGAUCUACAUACUACACGUUUGGAAAAUGAGAAAGUAAAAAAGCAGUUAGCAGAUGCAGUGGCAGAACUUAAACUGAAUUCUGUGAAAAAAGAUCAGGAAAAGACUGAUACACUGGAACAUGAGCUGAGAAGAGAGGUUGAAGAUCUAAAACUCCGUCUUCAGAUGGCGGCAGACCAUUAUAAGGAAAAAUUCAAAGAAUGUCAGAGGCUCCAGAAACAAAUAAAUAAACUUUCAGAACAAUCAGCCAAUAAUAAUAGUGUCCUCACAAAGAAAAUUGGGAGUCAGCAGAAAGUGAAUGAUGCCUCAAUAAACACAGACCCAGCUACUACUGCUUCCGCAGCUGAGACCGAGUCUGACAUGGUAACAAAGGGGCAAGUCUGUGAAAUGACCAAAGAAAUUGCUGAAAAAACAGAAAAGUAUAAAAAAUGUAAACAACUCUUGCAAGAUGAGAAAACAAAAUGCAAUAAAUAUGCUGAUGAACUUGCAAAAAUGGAGCUGAAAUGGAAAGAACAAGUGAAAAUUGCUGAAAGUGUUAAACUAGAACUAGCUGAAGUAGAAGACAAUUAUAAACUUCAGUUGGCAGAGAAGGACAAAGAAAUAAAUGGUCUAACUUCACACUUGGAUAACCUCUCCAGGGAGAAGGAAAUUAAAAGGAGUCUAGAAAAUCAAGCAGAAAGAAAAAUGGAAGGUCAGAAUUCCCCGAGUCCACAGCAGGUCUCACAAUAUCUCAACACAUGCUCAGAGCAAAAUGGUCAUGUUCCUGCAGUGCCAAAUAAACAACCAGUUCUGCAGUAUGGUAAUCCUUAUGCAGCACAAGAAAUAAGAGAUGGAGAAGAUGUUGCUUUUUAUCCAGAUGAAAUUCAGAGGCCACCUGUUAGAGUACACUCCUGGGGACUGGAAGACAAUGUUGUCUGCAGCCAGCCUGCUCGAAACCUUAGUCGGCCUGAUGAGUUAGAAGACCCUGAGGAUAGCAAAGAAGACGAGAAUGUACCCACUGCUCCUGAUCCUCCAAGUCAGCAUUUACACGGGCAUGGAACAGGCUUUUGCUUUGAUUCCAGCUUUGAUGUUCACAAGAAGUGUCCCCUCUGUGACUUAAUGUUCCCUCCCAACUAUGAUCAGAGCAAGUUUGAAGAACAUGUUGAAAGUCACUGGAAGGUGUGCCCAAUGUGCAGCGAGCAGUUCCCACCUGACUAUGACCAGCUAUGCUUUGAAAGGCAUGUUCAGACCCAUUUUGAUCAGAAUGUUUUAAAUUUUGACUAGUUACUUUUAUUAUGAGUUAAUACAGUUUAGCAGUUUAAAAAAAUCACCUCCAGUAGACCACUUAGGAGACUACAAGGUGUAGCUUCACCCUUCCAUGCACCCUCUUCCACACUUCUGACCAAGAGCUACUUUGCAGUUUGGUGUUGUUACUAAGGUUAGGGUCGAUCUUUGGCUUAUCAGUAAAUAUAAUUUUAACCUCUGUUAAUUUUACUGCUUUAAAAAAGUUCUUGUGUGUUUGUAUCUUAUUUAUUCCCCAGUUUGUGAAGCUGUAUGAAUUAAUGUUACCACACUGAAAAAAGUGUUAUUUAGCAGAUUAUUUACAACUUUCUGUUCACUUUGAUGAUUGAGCAUGACUAAUAAAGAUUAUGUAAUAAAAAGAAUUCAUCCUAAUAGUCUCACGAAGUAGUUUUUUGAAUACAGAAAGCUCCAUAAGUCAGCCCAUGAAAUUAUAGUUUUUUUAACUCUAUAGAAAGAGCUGCAUGUAGAAUGAGAUUACAUGCUUGCAGUAUAGCAAAUACCCUUUUUAUAUGUGAAAUGUUAAGAAUUAAUAGCAUAUUUUGCUUUGGGGCACUAAUUUUGACUGAAAGGUUUAAGAAUAACCUGAAUGAUUAUUUUUAAGCCAUCCUGACGUUGUAUUUAUAUCUAAUGGGAAAAUGGAACAAGAUAAGUUAGUGCAAUUGUUUUCGUAUUGUAUGAGCUAAUGAGCUACUAAACAGUGGUAAUUGUGGUGUAAAAUCUAGUAUGUGUCAGGAUCUUUUUCACAUUUUCCUGAUGAGAAUAACUUUGAAAUAACGUUUCUCAGUAAGGAUUAAAAAUGUAAUGGAUAAAUGUAAAUCAGAGUACCGUGUUCCUUUAGUUAUGUCUCUCCUGCUGUAUGGAACUCUUAUGAACAUUAAAGAGGACAUCUUUGGAGGUUUGUGGAUAGUUUCAUGGUGGUUGUAUUUGUGAUAGUUCUCAUUGACCUAGCAUACUGAGCAUCCUUUUGGUCUGGGCCUUUAAAAAAUUUCUGAACUCUUCCUUUCUCUUUUAAAAUGUUAAAGUAUUAUCGUUCUGACUUUAGAUUUUGCUGCGUUGUUAAGUUAUCAAAAUAUUUAACCUUGCCCUAAGCAAACUAGCUACUUAAGAUGUUAACCCAAUAUUCAGACUUGGUGGCAUUUUGGGGGACUGUGUUUUAACUGUGUACAUAUAUGUUGCUUGUAUUUGUUUCUAGGAGCAGAAUUUGUGUAUUGUUGGAAUUCUUUAAAAAGGUUUCUGAGUAGGACAACAGUAUUAGGCAGGUAGGUGCCAGAUGUUAGAAAACAGGUGUCUCAGGAGGUAACAGCAUUGAAGAUUCCAUGUUUUAGCUUCCUGAUAUAAGCAGAAUAUGUUCUGGUAAAAUUGUUCAAUGACAGGAGCAUUUUUUCUUUUGCAUCAGUUAACAAUUAUGGGUCAUGUUAGACCUAAAAUAUCCUUUGAAUGUUACGUACAGUACUACUAAUAGUGAAAUGAGAUCAUUCAGUCAUCAGCCUAGAACUUUUAAAUGGUUUUGGACCAAGCUUAUGAUAUGUAAUUUGUUACUGAUAGAAAAGCGGUGCAGUCUAAGUAAAACAGAAUAAACUCUACAUGCAUUAACUGAAUAUGCAAAAUAGGCAGUCUAAGAUAGAACAAGGCACUGAAUGGAUAUCAAUUCCCGUGGUAAACUUGAUACUGGUUUUCAUAAUGGAUGCUAAUGAAACUAAAGAGCCAAGUUUAUUUUGGGUCAGAAGCAGUUUAUUUUAAAUGUGAUUUCAUUUACAUUUAUAAGCAGCAGCUUUUCUUGAUGGGAAUUUUGAUUAAGUUGCCUUCAGUUCUAAAACAAACCUCUGUCACUUUCAAACUUAAAUGUGCUCUGCCCUCAACAAAACAUAUGAAAAUAUAAUUUAAAGCACAGUUCUCACAGACACAGUACAAUACAUUCACUAUACACGGUAUAACAAAAUAUUCCCAUCCUUACCUGUUUAGUAAUACUGUCACAAUAAGUAAAUAGAAAUUGGAAUUUGUUGUAUACUUGAAAGAAAUUUAACAUGCACAAUGACUUAUGACUGUUUAGCUGUUGUUGAACUAUUGAUCCAGCCUGCAGUUUCUUGCACUAGAAGGAGCGAAGCUAAAUUAAUUGUUGGCCUAAAAAAUUUGUUAUUGGUCAACUGUAGGUAGAUAUGAAAUAGUCAAGUAGGGCCUUCUUGUGCACCAACUAGUUGCUUCCCAUGUCUGGAUCAUCCUUUUAAACAUACAGGAUAAUACUACAUUCAGAACCGAGACCAUUCUCCAGAGAUCUGAGGGAAAUUUGUAGAGGGCAGUGUCUUUGUAAUACUUUAAAAUCCCUCAUUAUGAGGAUUCACAACUUACGAAUAUAGAAACUUACCCAUCUGGCUAACAGAAUUGUCAUCUUUUCAAAAUGCCUGAAAAAUUGAGGAGGGACACCUGCUUCCCAGCUGUGUGUAAGACUUUUCAUCAAAUGUGAAUAUGGGAAGAAAGCUAUUUCAUAAGCGAUUCAAAUUUGCUUUUCACCAGUUUUCUGUGUGGGCAGUUAGCUGCCUCAAAGCAGUUUUUAUUGCAUAAUUAGGCAAUUGGUAAACUCUCGUGUUUAAGGAAUAGCACUUGGGAGAAAAGAACACUCAAGGCAUGAUGGUAUUGUCAGUCAGUGAGGAAAACUCAGGAAGGGUCCAGAUGUGGGUUACUCUAAUGGGUCACAUCAGUCACUCUUUGACCACCUGCUGCAAGAAGCACUUGUCAAUAAGGCUCAAUUUCAUAUUUCGGCAAAAUGUUUUAUAAAGCUAAACAGACCAUUUUCAGUGGGAAUGCAGACAUCUACAAUAUGAUGGGAAAAGUGCCUUAAAAAAAAAAAAA